AGCUCAAGCGUUACAAACGGACUUCGAAACUUUUUGUUUUGCUUUGCGAGUACGCUUCUCACCUUGGUUGUACAUUCAAUAAUGCAAUUCGAAGGCUUGCAGGGUCUUCUAAAGAAAAAGAAGCAGCAGCAGUCGGCAAACGCUGCGGCGGGACCGUCCGCGGCGGCGACCACGUCCGCAGCUCCCCCAGUGACGAUGUCCUCGUCGGGAUCGAAAAGUGCAGUGGGUGCGACUGACCCGUACACAGCAGCCGUGCAGAAAGCACAACAACAGCAGGAAAAGCGUGUUGUUCACUCCGCGGGCGACGACGUGCACGCAGGUCGAAAGCGCUCUCGCGAACCGUCCGUCGUCGCAACAGAGGAUCACCCCGACAGUGACACAAAUAGUGGUGAAGAGCGUCCAGUGGAUGUUGCAACUACUGUGGCGGAGACGGCCACAACGGGUGCGGCUGCUGAUAUGACUCCAGCGAAGGUCUUGAAGACGGCAGAGGAGAUUCACGCCGAGCAGCAGCGCGGGGUAGACGUGCUGCAAGAGUGUCGCACAACACUCGCCCACUACUGGGCAAAGGUGCAGCUCCAAAGCACAGGUGCGACGCCACUGGAUCCGUCCUCGGGGCAUCCGGCGUUUUCUCCGCUGCCGAUGUCGGUAGAAAAGUACCUCGUCGCCCAGUUUGUGUCGGACAAGCGGGUGGGCGCGGCUACCGGGGAGCCGGAGAUGGCCUUACUGGAUCGUGAGUGGGAGCUGCUUUCCGCUUUACAUGACGAGGUGAUGCUGGAAGGUGCGAGGCGGACGGAGGUGGAGAAGAGGACGGAGGAGAAGACGUUGGACGCUUCACCGACAACUUCGGCGGACUGUUCAAGCGCUGUGGAUGUCGAGCUGCGCAAGUUAGACGCGACGGUGCGCGUUCUCUGGUACCUCAUUGCGCUCCGCUGGCAGUACAGCUUAGACCCUCAUCAGAGGACCCUACCAAGGCAUGCGAAUACCAAGGCAGCCGCGGUGGCCUUCGCACCGGGGCCCCUUCCCGAUCAGCAAGGAUGGUCACCUUAUGUGUACCUUGCAUUGCAAGGUGCGCUGCCGCCGGACGUUCGCCUUACCGCUGGCCGCGCCGUUGCGCAGGAGGUGGAUCGGUGGCGGGCCUUGACUCGCACUCGCCAGUUCGCGUUGGAGCUGCUCGCGUACCUGUACAGCGACUACAGGACGAUGAAGUCGGCCCCUAAGUCGGCUACUGUUGCCGCUGCGUCAAAGGGGUGCAUUGUCCCUGCUGAUUUGCGUGACAACUUCUAUGCCAUGCUCGUCCAGCACCUCCAACACGACCGCAACUACGUGGCGGUGCGACAGGACUACGUGGACGUGACGAUGGGCACCGCAAAUUGGAAGAUGGGGUUGUUCUCCGGUGGUGAGGUGCAUAUGCGGCGGUCCAUGGAGCGGGUGGAGCGCAACCGCAUUCACCACCUGCUAAAUAACGAGCACGCUACGCACCUGCUGCAGUCGGUGCGCGAGGUGACCACCUUUGCGGAGCAGCAGAAGGCGCUGCUGAUGGAAUCGGGUUUUUUUUUUCCCCACACCACGGCCGCACAGAGGCAGACCGGUAAAUGA